AUGCUUACAUUCCAUUUCCGCCGGAAGUUAGUCUAAAUAAUAUUUAUUUGACAUUUGUUCUGAACUAUUCCUUUUUAAUCUACUUAGGGGUUACAAAUGCAAUUGACUGCCUUAAAAAACGUUUCAAACAAUGUUUUUUAUAGUCAUAUUUAAAAGCUCUCAGUGAUGUACCGCAUGAUGUUUUUGCAUGACCACUAAUUUACAAAGUCAUGAGGUCACAUUCUAUCAUGAUCAUGAUGCGCUGAAAUUAAGAAUCUUACGCAAUUUAAUAGUUCUAACACGAUGACUUCCAAGCCAGAAGUUAGGAUAUUGCUAGUUGGAGACUCUGGAGUUGGAAAAACCUGUUUAAUUUUGUCACUUGUCAGUGAAGAAUUUGCCAGAGAGGUUCCAGCAAAAGCUGAAGAGAUUAUCAUACCUGCCGACGUGACUCCUGAAAAUGUUCCUACACAUAUUGUAGAUUUCUCACAUCGAGAACAAACAGAAGAAGAUCUAAUUGAUGAGAUUAAAAAGGCCCAUGUCAUCUGCAUUGUGUGGGCAGUAGAUGAUGAUGUCACAUUUGAAGGGGUUACGUCUGUGUGGCUGCCAUUAAUUCGGGAGCAUACAGGAGAGGAUCAUAGGACUCCCAUCAUUCUAGUCGCCAACAAAUGUGAUCUCAUAGACUACUCUAUGGAUGAGUCAAUGAGACCAAUUUUAAAUGAGUUUGCAGAAGUGGAGACAUGUAUAUCGUGUUCAGCCAAGAGUCUCAAGAACAUCAGUGAGCUGUUUUACUAUGCACAGAAAGCGGUGCUCCAUCCCCAGGCACCUAUAUACAACGCAGAGGAAAAGGAGUUGACCAAAGCAUGUAAAGGUGCCUUACAAAGAAUUUUCAAGAUUUGUGACUUGGACAAUGAUCAGAUCCUUAACGAUGACGAGAUUUUCACGUUCCAGAGGCAUUGUUUUGAUGUGCCAGUCCAGCCCCAGGCCCUAGACGAGGUGAAGCAGGUCAUACAGAGCCACAUAGGGGAUGGGGUUGCCUGGAGAGGGGCCUACUUUGGAUUCACCAUGAAAGGGUUUCUCUUUCUAAUGGAUUUGUUCCGAGAAAGGCAGAAAAUAGAGACUAUAUGGACAGUGCUUAGGAAAUUUGGUUAUGAUGAUAACCUGAUACUAAGAAAAGACAUAUUAGAACCUAAAUUAAAUGUAGGAGUUGGAAGUACAACAGAGUUGACAUAUGAAGCAGUGCAAUUCUUAACAAAUUUAUUUGAAAAAUUUGAUGAGGAUCAUGAUGGCGCGUUGUCCCCCACGGAACUGACCAAUUUGUUUAGCACGUGUCCCAGAUGUCCGUGGGGCCCUGAUGUGAACAACACAGUGUGUACCAACAACAGUGGCUGGAUAAAUUUGCAGGGAUUCAUGGCACAGUGGACGUUGACAACAUUGUUGCAGCACACAUCAUGUCUGGAAAAUUUAGCAUAUCUGGGAUAUCAUUAUCAUCAUGACACAACUGUUACAGCCAUUCAAGUGACCAGGGAUAAGAAAAUAGAUCUUCAGAAGAGGCAAACUGCCAGAAAUGUCUUCCGAUGUCAUGUUCUUGGGCCAAAGAAUGUUGGAAAGACGGCCUUUCUGCAAGGUUUGCUGGGCAGGAAUCUCCGCUAUGUGGCUACACUGAACAAGGAUCAGCUGUCAAAGUUCACCAUCAACACAGUACAGGUGUACGGACAGGAGAAAUACCUCAUGUUACACGAGGUGGAUGUGGCCUCCUCAGAAAUGUUGUCCCCCACAGAGACCAACUGUGAUGUGGCCUGUCUACUCUAUGACGUCACCAAUCCCAGGUCCUUUGAGUUCUGUGCAAAGAUGUUCAUGAAGCACUUCCUGGACAGUCGUGUGCCCACCCUCAUAGUUGCAUGCAAGGUUGAGCACCAGGAAGUGAGACAGGACUACAGCAUGACCCCCAAGGCUUUCUGUGAGAAGUUCAAGCUGCCCCCGCCCCAGAGGUUCACGUGUAUAGACCGAGUCAACAAGGACGUCUACGUAAAACUGGCCACCAUGGCUGCCUACCCCAAUUUAAAGCGUUUGGUACACAUGCUGCUUGUUCACCAGAACCCAGACUGGAUAGAGGAGCAACUCAGUCACCUGAAAAAUGUUGUGAUGGCAAAUGACAAGAGACUCCUUAAGUAUGGCCUUGGCAUUAUUGCAGUUGCAGGAGUAGGUUUCAUUGUGUACAAACUGGUGGACAAGUACAAAUAGCACACUCAAGAUGAACAGUUUGUUACAGCUAAACUGAAAUUACAUAGACAACGUUAAAAAAAAUAGACACAGGGUGGGAAGUUUGUAACAGUAGUGUACAAUUUGAUGGACAACUUCAAAACUACAUUUAACAGACAGGGGAUGGGAAGGUUGUUACUGUUACAGUUAGUUAUGGUCUACAGGAGAUUGAGAACAAGUGGUUGUGCAAGUCCCAUGAUUGUUUAUUGGUUAAACCUGCUGGGCAGAAAACUUAAUGUGGUUCAUUAAUUGUUUAUACUUGUUGAAUGUGUGAAUGGUAUAUAGUCUGGAUCACUUCUGCUAGGUGGUCAAACCAUGCUUGUCUUCAAUGCAAUCACAUGAAUAGUGUCUUGUUUUCUUUGAAAGGAUUGUUAAAGGAUGAUUAGAGAUUAGUGUUGCAGUACAGGGAUUAAGAUUGUUAGCAACAUUUUAUUUAUCUUGAGAUUGCAUGUGCAUCCUGCAUAUAUUCUAGUAGUCUUAAAGCAAGAUUAUAUGAUUUUCACAUAAUUAUGUUAAAUUGUAAUAUAUUGAUAAAAAUAUGUUUCAAUAACACACAAUAGGCAAGAAAAAUUAAACAUUGAAGACGAAUAUCAUAAAAUCCAGCAAAGACAAAUUAGCGUGCCGAGCCGAUUGCGACAAAGAUAUUUCGUACAUAUUUUCCUACAAUAACCGAAGCAUUCGUCUUUUUAGUUAGUGUUCGUGUGUCAUAUGAAUAGAUAUCGUUGCAGGAAUUUAAAAUGAACCGUUAAAACUAAAUUUAGAUUCACAUCGUACAUGCAUGAUUUACAUUCUGGCGAAUUUGACUGUACAGACAUUUUCGAUUUCAGAAUUAAAUAUCUGGCUUAUUUCUUUGAGUUUUUGUAGAAUGUCAUUGGAUAUGGAGGUUGGUGCCUCGGGAAUAAAUUGUCUGGUUCUUAGUGUGUAAACUCUGUCGGUAUAAUGCAAAUAUAAAAUAAUUACAGUAAAUGUAUUUGCUAUUAACAAAAUAGUUAAAGAAAAAUGAAGUUUUAAUGGUCAUUGUUACUAAUGCCUUUUUUGAAGAUUCUGAAUGUGUAUCUUAAGAAAUUUGUUGAUAACUCUUGUUUCAAAAAAUGAUUGUGAUCUACAAAGCAAAAAAGAAAGAGGAAAAGCUGAAAAUCUUUAAUUGGUUCCUUUAUUUACAUUUUUAAUCACCACCUUUGAUUAUUAUGUCCAGAAAUAUUUGAGUAGAUGUAGACAUAGACGUGCAUACAUGAAACACCCUCUUUGACUAUGGCAUACAUCGACAGCAAUCAGAUAACCAGCAAAAUGUAAACAAACAGAACUAUCGGUAUUGAUGGGCCAGACUAAGAAGCAAUAAAAUACUCGCAAGUUUUACGAUGACUUCUAAUCUUUAAUCGAUUUUUAUUUUAAAUACCGGUAGUAUGCAUUGAUUUGCACAACAAGGCUAUUGUUUUACAGAUUCAGCAUCUGUUAAAUGCAUUGAACUGUUUUUUGUAUUUCAGGGCUGUAAUAUCUUCACAUUGGUAUUUUUGUAUUUAUUGGAAACGCUUUCGGAUUUAAAUGUUUUCAGCAUGUUUAGAAUUGAUUAUUAUUUAUGUUCUAGUUUCACUUAUAACAAUGGAACUGUUAGUUUGGUUUGUAAUCACUUGUUUGUUCAAGAAAAAUGAUACCACAUAUGAAAUUUGAAAAAAAAAAGUUAAUGAUUCUUCACAUUGUUUUACUGUUGUUGCAACAAUGUAAUUAGAAUUAAAUUGUAUGUCACUGGUCACAGGUUAUGAAUAUAACAGUAUAUGUAUGCCCUCUUUCAAAGAAGAGGGGGUAUAUUAUUGUGCUGGAUGUCAGUCGGUUGGUCUGUCUGUCGGUAGACCAGUUUGUUUCCGAUUAAUAACUUGUUAUCAUAUUGACCGAUAGGCUUUAUACUUAACAUGUGCAUUGGCUUUGGACAGAAAAAGACCCUAUUGAUAUUGAGGUCACUAGGUCAAAAUUCACAAUAAGUUGCAAAGCGUUUCUUAAUCAUUACUCGUCAACAAAUUGACCAAUUGGCUUGAUACUUAACAUGUGCAUUGGCCUUAGACAGUAUAUGACCCCUAUUGAAAUUGGGGUCACGAGGUCAAGGUAACUGUCACAAUAAGCGUGAAAAUCGUUUCUGAUCAAUAACUCUUCAACCAAUUGGCUUGAUACUUCCCAUUUGCAUUGACCUUGGACAGUAGAUGAUCCCUAUUGAAAUGGGGGUCGCUAGGUCAAAGUUCAAGGUCACAAUGAAUGUGAAAAUUGUUUCUGAUCAAUAACUCGACAGUGAAUUGACUGAUCGGCUUGAUACUUCACGGUGCAUUGCCCUUGAACAGAGUCAUUAGAUGACCCCUAUUGAAAUUGGGUCACUAGUUCAAAGGUCAAGGUCACUUUGACAUUGAGUGUUAAAUUGGUUUCUGUUUGAUAUGUCAUCAAAGCAUUGAGUGAUGGGUGUCAAGGCCCUGUUUGGGAAGGGGGUGUAUCUGUCUCGGACCUCUUGUUAUUAUAUCGUCUGAGGUCUUCUUAGAUGUUUUUAUUAUGGACAUACACUGAAGUAUGACAUUAUUAAAAUAAAUUUUAUCAUGAA